CCCUUCUCCACAAACUAAACAUUUCAAGUUGGCCAUCCUGGAUAUUCUAGCAUUCUCAUACGAACAACAGCGGUUUUGCUACAAAGUUUUGUUUACUCUUCGGGCACACUUGCUUUCCUGCUCCUUAAUCCGCUAUUCUAUUGGGAAAUAAUCGAUAUGGUCGGCAAUGUAUUGGUGUGGUCUUAAUAAGACCAGUUAAUAGAUCACCGAACUUUCAAACAUUAGUGGUAGACGUGGUACAUGUUGGUUUAGAAAAAAGGACUUUGUUGCUUUCGCAGUUUUAAUUGUAAUUUGACUGAAAUAACUAUGCUGGACUUUGCCAUUUUUGCUGUGACGUUUGUGAUUAUCCUGGUCGGAGCAGUUCUCUACUUGUACCCGACGUCCAGAACAGCUUCUGGGAUUCCGGGGCUCACUCCAACAGAGGAGAAGGAUGGGAAUCUGCAGGACAUCGUGAACAGGGGCAGCCUCCAUGAAUUCCUGGUUAGCCUGCACGAUCGUUUCGGACCUGCAGCGUCUUUCUGGUUCGGCCGGCGACCUGUGGUCAGCCUCGGCUCUGUCGAUCUACUCCGGCAGCAUAUUAACCCCAACCGUACCAUGGAUUCUUUCGAAACGAUGCUGAAAUCCUUACUGGGAUACCAGUCGGGUCUGGGAGGGGGAGUGACGGAGACAUUAUUGAGAAAGAAAGUGUAUGAGAGUGCCAUUGACCAAACCCUGGAGAAAAACUACCCCCUCUUGUUAAAGCUAGUGGAGGAGCUUGUGGGGAAGUGGCAGUCCUUCCCCGAGUCCCAGCACACACCCCUGUGUGCUCACCUUCUGGGACUGGCCAUAAAGUGUGUCACUCAGCUCGCCAUGGGUGACCGUUUCCGCGACGAUGCGGAGGUCAUCCAUUUCCGCAGGAACCACGAAGCGAUCUGGUCGGAGAUUGGAAAGGGGUAUCUGGACGGAUCUCUGGAGAAGAGUUCCAGCCGCAAGAAGCAUUUUGAAGAUGCUCUGUCAGAGAUGGAGGGAGUGCUGAAAUCUGUGGUGAAGGAGCGGAAGGGGAAGGACUUCAGUCAGCCGGCAUUCGUGGAUGCUCUGCUGAAGGCCAACCUUACGGAGAGGCAGGUGAUGGAGGACAGCAUGGUCUUUACCUUGGCUGGAUCUGUCAUCACUGCCAACUUGUGCAUUUGGGCAGUGCACUUCCUGUCGACAUCAGAGGAAGUGCAGGAGAAGCUGUACAGGGAGCUGGAGGAGGUCCUUGGGAAGGAACGUCUUUCCUUGGAAAAUAUUUCUAAGCUCACGUAUUGCCGGCAGGUUCUGAACGAGACCGUGCGGACCGCCAAACUGACUCCGGUUGCAGCCCGGCUCCAGGACGUGGAGGGGAAAGUAGACCAGCAUGUCAUUCCAAAAGAGACUCUCGUGAUCUAUGCUCUGGGCGUGGUCCUACAGGACGCUGACACCUGGGCUCUCCCUUACAGGUUUAAUCCAGACAGAUUCGAAGAGGAAGGCGUGAGGAAGAGCUUUUCCCUGCUGGGCUUCUCCGGGAGCCAGGCCUGUCCUGAGCUCAGAUUUGCAUACACCGUGGCCACGGUCCUCCUCAACACCUUGGUCCGCAGGCUUCGACUCCACCAGGCUGAGAGACAGGUGGUGGAGGCCAGAUAUGAGCUGGUGUCCACCCCGAAGGACGAUACCUGGGUCACACUGAGCAAGAGAAGCUAGCGGCUGACCUGUGCUACAGCUCUGUGUGGAGAACUUCAGGUUCCACCCCUGUUCUAGAUCUAGUUUAACAGGAAAUGGUUCUGAUGUUGGAUUUUAUGUUAGUUUUGCGGAAAGGGCUGCUACCAUAUUGGUUUAUGAAGAUUAAUGUCAGAGUACAUUGGAUUUUGAUAAAAGAAAUUCAGGUAAGUAAUUUAACCUGCUGGUGGAAGCCCCUGCUUGCAUCAUCUCUGAGGGACCUUCUGUACUAAUGGAUGAUCUGAAUAUCCACAUUUUGAUAUCAGCUCCAGCAAUUGACAAUAUGAACUGAAUGGCUCUUAAAACACUCUACUUUGACUUGUACGCCACUGUAUUUGAGCGUUUUUGAUAAUAAACAGUUCUACGCCUUCA